UGGGUGUGUGGGAACAGUGUAGGUUGAAUAUAUUGGUUGCAAUGUAUACUCAGAGGGUGUAGAUGGCGUAGGGCUGUGUGAGGAAGGUUGGAGUCGGGAUAUCAGGCAUUCCCGAUUGAGUUCAGUGGAAGAUGGCGGCUGAGGAUCGGGAGCGGGAUCAGGCCCGCAGUGAUAACGCGAAACAGAAGCGAAAGGAGCAGCUGAAGCGCUGGCUGGGCUCGGAGACCGAGCGGGAGCCCGAGCGGCCCCGCACCAAGUACGUCCGAGUCAAGUUCGAUGAGGGAGCCGUGUUCCUGGCAGCCUGUUCGAGCGGGGACCAAGACGAGGUGGAGAAACUGCUGCAAAGGGGAGCUGACAUCAAUUACACUAAUGUGGACGGUCUGACCGCCCUUCACCAGGCCUGCAUUGACGAAAACCUGAGUAUGGUUACUUUUCUGCUGGAGCAUGGCGCCAAUGUCAAUCAGCCUGACAACGAAGGCUGGACAGCCCUACAUGCAGCAGCCUCCUGUGGCUUCAUGGAGAUCACGGAGUACUUAAUUAAACAACGGGCCAAUGUGGCAGCUGUGAACAGUGAGGGCGAGCUGCCUAUUGACAUUGCCCAGGGGGAAGCUCUGGAGAAAAUGCUGAAGGAAGUCAUUAAAAAGCAAGGGAUCGAUGUGGAGGUGGCCAGGAAGGAGGAGGAGCAACAGAUGAUCCAGGAUGCCAGGCAGUGGCUAAAUCGAGGGAAGGUGGAAGAUAAUCGGCACCCAAAAACUGGUGCAAGUGCCCUUCAUGUUGCUGCAGCCAAAGGCUACUUGGAGGUCACAAAGUUGUUAAUCCAGGCUGGCUUUGACGUAAACAGUCGAGACAAUGAUGGUUGGACUCCAUUACACGCAGCUUCACACUGGGGCAAAGAAGAAGUCUGCAGGUUGUUGGCGGAGAACUUGUGCAACAUGCAGACUGUCAAUAAAGUGGGUCAAACUGCAUUCGAUGUUGCAGAUGAAAACCUCUUGGAUCUGCUGGAGGAACUACAGAAGAAGCAGACAAUUCAGUUGAGGAUUGAGAAAGAGAAGCAAACCAAGAUGGAGGCCUCACUUAUUGAACUGUCAAAUGCCUCACAGCAACCAGCAUCAAGGAGCAGAAGGACUUCUAUUUCCCGUAUGAGCAGCAAAGAUAAAAUCUCAAUACAUGACAAGGAGCGUAAGACACUGGAGUCGGCAAUGCUGGAGCAUGUUAAUGAUGAUGAGGAGGAUAGGAAGAAGUUGAAUGGCUCAAGUUCUGAGGAGGAGAUGCCUCAUGAAGUGGAAUCGGAUGCUGAGAAGGCCAGAAUCCGACUUAACAUGAAUAACCUCACCAAACGGAACUUGACCACUGACUCCCUCUCAUCUACCACUACAAGUAACAAGAGGUUCUCAGGUUCUCCCACCAAAGCAGCAACCCAUGAGGAGGAGAAGAAAGAGCAGCAGUCUCCGGCUGCGUGGCGCACUGCCCUCCGCAAAACAGGGAGCUACGGAACCCUCAAUAACAUGCAACCACCCCAGGAGGAGCAGAAAGGGAAAGAGAUUGGAAUUGUCCGGUCAGCAUCGAGUCCCAGGCUGACUCUGGCUGAAUCCAUGGAGAAGGAAAAAGAACCUCGGUUAGCACGUGUUCCACCCACUCCAACGAGGAAGCUCUUCACAAUUGGAGAUGCCAGUGAGGACAAACCCAGUGAUUCUGCAGCCCCUGGGCCUCGCAGUGCCUCCUAUGCAAAGCAGCGAGAAGAAGACUCCGGCAUCCUGGCCCGGAGCUCAUCCUACACACGUAAACAGACAGAGUUGGAGAGCAACAAACAAGAUAAGGACCUCAACAACAUUCUGCCAGGCAACACUGGUGUACUUACAGCAACAGUGCCUGGUUAUCCAAAGAGUCACUUGCUCCUGAAAAUGAUAGGCCGCAGCUAUAGUGCACGAGACUUCAGACUACGUUCCAGAACAAUAUCACCUUCAAGCCGUAAUGAUACUAACCCUGAUAAUGCUUCUGCAAACAUCACCACUUUUAUAAGUUCAGCUUUUGGAAGAAGGCAAGAGAGUCUCGCCAGUAGUUCUGCCCCAGGAUCUAUCAAUACAUUGUCUAGUACAAGCUCUUCCAAUCCUUCUAGUAGCCGUGGCUUAACAGCUGGUUUCUCAGCAACGUCUUCAGGAGACACAAGUCGCUCCCAGGCUCGAAACCAAGCAGGAAACGGAGCAGAGAAAGCGAGCAAUCCAACCACGCAAGGCACUGGUUACAGCACUGAGAACCGUGAGAGACGCAGAUCCUAUCUCACCCCAGUUCGUGAUGAGGAAGCUGAAGCACAACGCAAGGCACGUUCGCGACAUGCUCGCCAGUCUCGCAGGUCCACGCAGGGUGUGACACUGACCGACCUCCAAGAGGCUGAGAAAACGAUCGGACUGCAACGCGAGAAGAAAACUGCAGAACAGGAGAAAGAGAAAGAAAAAGAAAAGGAAGAGAAAGAAGGAGAAGCUAAAGACUUUGCCUCGAAGUACAGAUAUAGCAGGAGCAGUCAAGAUGAGGAAAAGAACUGGCGUUCAAGGCUAGCCAACCUACAGAAAGCGGAUCUGCUGGGUCUGACUUCCUAUUCCUCAGAUUCUAACCGUUCAAGCGUCCCAACCUACACCUACCACAAUGCUGUACAGCCUCUUGACAACAAAGAAUUGGAGAAAGCAAAAGAGGAGGAGAAGGAAUCAGAUGAUUCUUCUUUCAGAAAGUCCGGUACAAGAGACCGGAGACGGCCAAGGGGGAAACGAAGAUCAACAGGUGUGCAUUCCCUAUCACAAGAUGAUGAGAAUGACCAGGAUCUGUCCGAUGAUGAGGAUGUGGUAGGAUCACAGAAGAAACAGAUUGGUAAUCUGUCAAGGGAAGAAACCACCUCAAGAAACCAAUCAAGCAGAGGAGUGAACUAUUCGGAUUUGAGUCUGUAUUCUGCUCGGGCUGGUCGGGUUGAGAGUGAGACUAAUGGACAAGGCUACAGAAAGUUGUAUGAAGCACUUCAGAGAGAGAAUGUCCAGCUACAGGACCAGCUGCAGGAGAUGCAGAUGCAGAUUUCACAUACUAAAUUGGAGUUAGAGAAGGCUACACAGGCAAAGGAAGCUUACUGUAGAAAGGGAAAGAUGAAAACGGGAGUGGGCUCCCCAAGUGUGAAGUCGUUGACUUGCGUGGAAGGACUCCCCCAGGACUGCCACUCCAUGGUCCCCAUUGGAGAGGGUCAUGCAGGUGGUGACUCUAAAUCUGCAGAUGCAAGAAAGAUUUGCAGACAGGUCCGCCCAUCUGGAGAUGGAGAAAAAAGAGCGGAGAGCCUUAGAAAGAAGAAUCUCAGAACUUGAGGAAGAACUAAAGGUUUUAACAGAUUUAAGAGCUGACAACCAGAGACUGAAAGAUGAAAAUGGUGCACUGAUUCGUGUCAUCAGCAAACUUUCCAAGUAACUGGUCUUCACUUCAACACUUGCACAAAGCUUUCUGGAGUGAUGGGAUGUACUGCCACUGGUCUCCGUGUCCAGACGCUUGCCUCACCCUCUCUUUAGAGGGAUUGCUAAUCAAGCCACACCUAUUGCUAUUACAGUAGCACCUGGACUGCCAUCCGUGGGUAAUUUGGAAAGGCAUGUUCAUUGAAUUCUGUAUAAAUGAUGCUCAUAACCGGUACCUACAUAGCCACACCACAGAGGAACAGCACUGCUGUGAGGAAUAGUUGUAAUGGGAAUCCAGAGCCUUUGAUGAUGACAACUGUCCCAAUCAACACACAAGACCACUCUUCACUCAUGUGACUUCGAUGACAAAACAGCACUUUGUUUCAUUCGUAGUACAUGACCAGUUAAAGAAAUGGACACUUCGUUGGUCAAAUUGGAGAGAUGGAACGGAGAGUUCUGCUUGACAGGCUCUUCAUUUUGAGUUGUUUUAUAAGGGAAUGGAACAGAAAAAGACUAAAGCAUAUUUUUUUAAUUCUAUUAUUCUUUCGAUCUUCCAGCUAUCUAAAACCUCACCAGUUCCUACAUACUACAUGGAACUUACUGUAGGGUUGUUCAUUACUGACCUCUGCAGACUGUUUUACAGAAUUGAGUCUUGGAAAGAUAUAGUUAAGACUUUCUGGCAGUACCCUAUUUCCCAAAAAUGAGUUGCACAUUAUUUAUGACCCAAUGAGUAUUUUUUUUAGCUAGUUCCAAAUUACCACUGGUUUUGGAAGAGAUGGUUUAGAAGGACAGUAAAGCAGAAAUAAGAAAUAAUUUCUGCCAGGAAUGAAUGCAACCUAGCCAGUGAUAAUGCAAGGUUCAGUUUGAAAGAAACAGUUCUAAUAUCAGUCAUUGAUAAGUGGUUGUUACUUUGGAGUGGCUUGCAUGAGCAGAAAUGAUUAUAGGAAUUACCAGGAAUUGGAGAGAACCUGAAAUAUUGGCUGUCACUUGUGGCAGAUAGAGCUGUUGUUGAUUCCUGAGCUGGCCAGUUAUGAGGAGGGCGUAAAAAGGGGUAAAAUCUGUAUGCAAUGUAAUGGUAAUGCUUUUGUAAAAUUGAGACAAGAUUUUCUCCCAUUUGAAAUUGCACUAAUUUUCUCGGCCUUCCCUCAGCUGUUUUACUGUGAAAGUCCCUAAUUUUAUUUUUUGUCAAAUCCCUCUUGCCAAACAUCUUGUGUCUUUCCUGUAUCCUGUACCAGAGAAAAAGAGAACAAUUGUAAUUUAUCAGCUCUUUCCACUUUCCUUGCCAAAAGUAAAAAAAAUAGAAUGCGCAGUAUAAACAUAACAGUCAGAAUGUAAAGUGUCGUGGUACCAAAGUAUGUGUGUUUACAGUGAGGCAAUAUAUUUUUUAGAUUAUCGUUUUAUACAGCUUACCAUGAUAUAAAACCCCCUACCUAUGUAAAUCACUUUUCUAGUUUGCUAUGAUUCUGAGAAACAUUUGUAUUUUUGUAGCACUUUGGUGUUUCAUUCAGAAAAUUCCCAGAACAUAAUGGUUAUUGUCAAAGGCACAAGAAGUUCCUACAAGUAUGACAGAUUAUAAGUUAAUUUGCUUUUAGUGAUGGCUGUAAAAAGAAUGUUGACCAGGGCACCAGAAAAAAUCUAAGUUUCCACCCAGUCUACUGGAAUAGGAAGUGGAUUUGAGUCAUCUUUUCUUCUAUAAGGUGGCCCUUCCAACAGUCACUCAAUACUGCAGAAUUUCAGCCAAGGCUGUAGUUUCAGCUCCUCAAGUG